AGAAUACCACCCCAUCCCUGGUAUGCUUCCUGUUCUCAGCGUCACCUUGCAGACUAUAUAAAGCACUCACCUGCCUGCAGAGGAUUUUCAUUCGAGGUACAAACAACUGAAGACAGUCAAGAUGAAAAUUUAUGAAUUGGGAUUCAAGGAGGGGCAGGAGUUGAAGAUCUCCAUCAAGCUCAGCAAGGACUGCACUAACUUUGUUGUCAACAUUGGCCACGAUUCUGACAACAUUGCGUUGCACUUCAACCCUCGCUUUGACUACAACCCUGACGAUGCAGGAUGCCGCAACAUCAUUGCCUGCAACUCUAUGUCCGGGGGAUUCUGGGAAGAGGAGCAACGUGAGGAAAAUUUUGCCUUCUCACGUGGGGAGGAAUGCAAGUUGAACUUCAGCUUCAACAAUGAGAAAUUUCACAUCACACUUCCUGAUGGAAGCAUGAUGAAAUUCCCCAAUCGUCCGAGAGAGCUUAAGUAUGAAUACUUAAACAUCAGUGGUGCAGAGUUCAAAGGACUCGAGAUGGUGUAGGAGCUGGCCUAAUCUGGCCAGAAAUGGGUCCACUUUGUGCUUGUUGCUGAGAGGUUGCUGAUGUUGUAAUAAGAAUAAAUGGCCUGAAGAUGGAGCCACACUUCUUAUUUCACUGCAAGUUUAAUGGGCAUCUUCAUAAAUGCUGUUUUCUGUUGUUUUGUUCGACAACAAC